UAGCGCAAGAACAAUGGCUAUAACAAAAAACAAUUCGAUAAGUCGAUCUUCUAGUUGUUUACGAAAGUACCGAAUACUUUUCGUGUUCGGUAUUACAGUACUAUGUGUACAAAUUUAUUUGGCACAUACAUUUUUUGGUCUGGAAAUUCGAAACCGAAAAACCAGCCAACUGUCUUCAGGAGAAGAUUUAUCCCAAUUCGAAGAAGAUGAAGGUUUACCAAAAGGUUUUCGUCAAUUGAAGCUUCCACCGGAUAAACAUACCAAUUCGAACAAAGUAUCACAAUCACAGAAGAACCAUACUACUAGAAUAAAAUUAGAUCAUAAAUCAUUAAACUUUACCCCACCUUGCGAAUUUACUGGCAGAGAAGCAGUGAGCGCUGUAACGCGUGCACAAAGUCAAAAAUGCAAACAAAGCAUUGUCAAUGUGACUUGCCUUAAUCAACAGGGAUUAUUAUACCCAGAAAGGAUACAGUCUCUGUGCUCUCAUUCUCCAGGGUUUACAAAUAAACCAGUCAGUUUAGGAUGUUUUAAAGAUGAUAAAACAUUAAGAAUACUUUCUGGUUAUUACCAUAUUUUUAAAGGGAACAAUUCGCCGGAGCGCUGUGCUUUUCUGUGUCUUCAAUCAGGAUAUUUAUACGCCGGUACUGAAUAUUCAGUUGAAUGCUUUUGUGGAAUGGAAAAACCGUCGCAGUUAAAACGAUUACCGGAUUCUAGUUGCAAUAUGAAAUGUUCCGGCAAUCCAAAAUAUUCCUGCGGUGGAUAUUUGACUAUUAAUGUGUUUUUGACUGGAAUUCAGAGAUUUAAAGCACAGGAAGCUCGAAAUGCAAGUACAGACAGUGAAAAUGAAAAACCUGCACGAAUCGCUUAUUUAUUAACAGUAAACGGCAGAGCCAGUCGACAAGUGAAGAGACUUAUCACUGUUCUCUAUCAUCCUACACAUUUAUUUUACAUUCAUGUUGACGCGCGUCAAGAUUAUCUUUACCGAGAAAUGUUAGAAGUGGAGAAGUCUUGCAAAACGAAUAACAUUAAAGUGGCAAGAGGAGAAAAUCUACGACAUGCGAGUAUCUGGGGAGGUGCUAGUCUAUUGACGACUCUUUUGAAAUCUGCCCAACAAAUGCUUGAGCAUAAUCAACAUUGGGAUUUUCUCGUCAAUCUAUCGGAAUCUGAUUAUCCUAUCAAAAACAAUGCACAAUUAACUCAAUUCCUUAGUCUGAAUAAAGGGAUGAAUUUUGUGAAAUCUCAUGGAAGAGAGGUUCAACGUUUUAUCACGAAACAAGGUUUAGAUAAGACUUUUGUGGAAUGUGAAACUCGCAUGUGGAGGAUAGGCGAUCGUAAAUUACCAAAUGGUAUUCAGAUAGACGGUGGUAGCGAUUGGGUAGCUUUAAGCAGAGAAUUUGUAGAAUAUGUUGCUAAUCAAAAUCCUGAUGAAUUAGUGACCGAUCUACUAAAAGUAUUCAAAUACACUUUAUUACCCGCCGAGUCAUUUUUCCAUACGGUCUUACGUAACUCAAGAUUUUGUAAUACGUAUAUUGAUAACAAUUUACAUGUUACUAAUUGGAAAAGAAAGUUGGGGUGUAAAUGUCAGUAUAAAGCUGUAGUAGACUGGUGUGGUUGCAGCCCGAAUGAUUUCAAGCUCGAGGAUUUUAGCAGAAUUCGAAAUACGAUUGACCGCAACUUAUUUUUUGCACGAAAAUUUGAACCUGUCAUUGAUCAAAGAAUCAUUGACAGAGUAGAAGAAUGGUUGUAUCCGGAGAAAAUAAAUAGGACCGUCACUGCAAAGGGUUACGAUGCUUAUUGGCAAAAUUUGUACCAUACAGCUGAUCUAAGUCCUUUGACCGACGACGCGCAAUUAACUAUUUCAAAUUCUUUAGCUAGAUUGAUUUUUCGUAAGCUAAAUAUUGACUGCAAGAAUAUACGCCUUUUGGAAACUACUGCCUAUUUCAGUCACAAUCAAUUUGUUGGAAUAUUAAUAUUAGCAGAAGCUACGGUACAACCGUUAACUCAAGAAAAAUACGUGGAACAAAUAGAAGGUUUGGUAUAUUUACGACGUAACUUUUCUACUAGUCGAGAGUGGUUGGGAAAGAUACAAAGUUUAUCAGUUAAUACUGAUUACGAUCAAAAAGAGAAAAUGUUUAGAAACUUAAUGGGAAGUAUAGGACCAUAUUCGUACCCAGGUUUAUGGUACGAAUUCGAUGUUGGAAUUAUGACACCACAAAAUCUAUCUAUACUAUGGGUGGAUCCCUAUGGUAAAUUAGCGGAUGUUAAUUACAUUCAACUGGAAGAAACAACUUUAACAGGAUAUGUUAAACCACAGUUCAGCGACCAUCUGGUUGUGGGUACUUGGCAUUUGUUCUUGGUCACUGAUUCUUUAUUAAUAGCAAAAAUGAAUUUUUUGGUCACUCCUUUGGGAUAUUGGAAAAAUAAAAAGAUCUCUACAGAGAAAGCUAAAGAAGUGAAUAUUGCGUCUGGAGAUAGUUAUCAUGUUACUGAAGAAACGAAUAAAAAAUGGUCACAUUUAUUAAGUUCCAUCAAUUUUUACGAACGAAAUAUUUAUACUGCAGUUGACGAAAUUAAUGUUAAUUCGAAUUUGGAUAAGUGGAUAGACAAGUUAGUAGAAGAGCAUUAUGAAAUUGACAAAGUAUGUAAUGUUAAUAGUAACAUUGGAAGUAAAUUAAAAUUACAGAAGUGUAUUAAUACUUAUUGGAGCUCGUUGAGCCCCGAUUCAAAGGCUGAUAUCAGUAAUUUAUGUUAAAAAAAACUAUUAAUUUACUAAAUAUGUGCCAUUCUCAAUAUUUUUAAAGUUUAACUUAUUAAAUACGUGUAAAAACUAAUAAUGUUUUUAAAUAUUUUUAUAUCAAAUACACACUAUACAUAUA